CCACCGUAGGAACUACCACACUGUCACAUGAGCGGCACUGAUGGCAGACGACGAGAAAGGCAGUCACAACAUGACGAAAGCUGUAGAUGAUUUAAAUCUUAACGGCGACUCAGCGAAUGGCGAUGAAAAUGGGCAGGAGCAUGAAUUAACGGACGACCCAGACGAUGACGAUGUUUCACCAGAAGAGUUCGAGGCACUCAACAGCCAAAUGGAUCAGCUCAACUCUGCUCUCGAUGUGCUGGAGGAGCAGAACGACAUAAUUCAUGCAAAAUUAAUGGACCUCCUUGAAUCAAAUCGUGCUGCCCGUAAAGAAUUUAAAGAAGAGCAGGAGAAAACAGCAUUGCAAAAGGAAGAGAAAAAGUAGCGUCCAUUCUCUACUAUAUUCUGUCAGUUUUUUGUCCAGAUAAUCUGAAGGUGGAUUGUUUUUUUUUUGUUUCAUUUAUCACAUUCAUGUAUAUAGUUUGUGGAACAUAUUUUCCAUGACAUUCCUUAUGUAAUAAAACAGUUAACAAUGCAAAUCAAUAAUUUUCUAUAGAAGAAGUAUUGUUCCUGCCUUGAAAAAAAGGUCAUCAAUAAAACACAGGAGCUAUCUCUUGCUGGCAUUCUAAAA